AUGAAGUUCUCCCUUACUGCGUUAGCUCUGCCCAUUGUGGCUCAGGCCGCUCACUUUUCUAAGUCAGAAUAUGUCUCUGGUGCAAUUCAUCAGAAGCUUAUGAAGCUGAAGACGAGUCAAUGGGAGAAUGACGCAGUUGAAGGCAAGCAAGACCCUCGUCAAUGGAAGUCUUGGAAGAGCUCGAAGAUGGGAGCUUGGGGAGGUGGAAAGGACAACCGCGUUGUCUGCGAGGAUGGUCUAGCUAUCGUUGAGCAAGGCAAUGCCAAUCAGACAUUCCGUUGCAAGAACAUGGACCUUUAUGACUUUGUCAGUCACGCCGACAUGGGUGCCCCUGAAGGCCAAGGCAGCUCCUCAUGGGGUUGGACCGCUCCAGAUGGCCGCGAGUUCGGCAUCGUAGGCCAGUUUUCCGGUGCUGCAUUCGUUGAGGUCCUUUCCGAUGGCCAAAUCCAAUACUUGGGUCGUCUACCAGCACAGAGCGUGGGUUCGAGAUGGCGUGAGAUUCGUGUCCUCAACGACUGGGUCAUCAUUGGCUCCGAAGCUGUUGACCACAACGUUCAGAUCUUCGAUAUGAAGAAGCUCUUGAACAUUGACCCCCAGAGCCCCAAGACAUUCGACCCGAAAACCGAUCUUGUCGGUUUGUUUGACGACCUACCUAUUGGCCGCACCCAUAACGUGGUCAUUGACUGGGACAAUGAAUACAUCCUCGCAGUUGGUGCACAGCCCCGCAACCAGACAUGCAAGUCGGGUCUUCAAUACAUCGACCUUUCCGAUCCCAGCAAACCCACAUCACCGGGUUGCGCCAGCCAGGACGGAUACGUCCACGAUGCUCAAUGUGUAAAUUACAACGGCCCCGACAGGAGAUUUCGUGGACGCAACAUCUGCAUCGGUUACAACGAGGACACCGUCACCGUAUACGACUCGACCACUAAAGACGGCAACCCUGCUUCUGAGAUCAUCUCGACACUUUCUUACCCCGGUGCCACUUACUGCCACCAAGGAUGGUGGACUGAGCGCAACUGGCACCAGUACGUCUUGCUCAACGAUGAGCUUGACGAGCAAGAGGGUGUCGGCCCAGGUGCUUCCGGCCGCCCUGUCACCCACAUUAUCGACUUCACCGACCUCCGCAACCCCAAGUGGACUGGUACCUUUUACGCCACCGACAACAAGGGUAUCGACCACAACCUCUACAUUGUCGACGGCCUCGCCUACCAGAGCAACUACGGAAACGGAGUCUGGGUCCAUGACGUCAGCUCCAUCAGCAAAGACCCCACUGGCGCAAGUGUUUCCGUAGAGGGCUUCUUCGACAUCUAUCCAGAGGAUGAUGCUGUCGGUGGAAUUGUUAAGUUUGUGGGUACUUGGUCGCACUUCUUGUUCCCCUCAGGGUUCGUCCUAGUAAACACUAUCGAGCGCGGUGCUUUCACGGUCAAGCUUGCUAGCGGUCGUGGAGCUCAGCCUGGCCCGGGCUUUGGUGGAAAAUCGGUUAUACAGGGCAGGAAGCAAUAGUUGGAUCGCAUUUCAAUAGUUAAUACUAAGUUCAUUUUCCGUUCAC